CUUUAGGGCAGAAACACCUGGGGAGGAACAACCCAAACUACUGCACACAUCAGCCAAUCAGCAGCUCCGCAGCCCGAGUGAAACAUGGAGUCAAACUGGUCGAACCAGAAACAUGUUGAGCUGAAUGAAAGAAUGUUGAGUCCAGAGACCAAGAGAGAGACGGAGAUUUACAGCGACAACGCCUCAGGACUGGAUUUAUUCUGAUUUGACUUUUAAAUGAAGACUCAGACACAAACAUGGAGACAGACACAGCUGUUCUCACUGAGGUCUCCAGUGUUGAAUUAAAGAAAAUGACUCAUCAGGAUAAUCAACAAAACUCUACUGAAACAAGUCUGACAGAACAACAGCCUUGUCCUGUGGAGGAACCUUCACAGGAGAAUGUCCAGACAGAGUCUGAAAUUCAUGUCCAAGAGGACGAUUUAACCACCGAAUCACCCCAAGGUGACUGUAAAGACAAAGAUGUGAAGGUGAAAGAUCAUCUGAAGACAAACCAGAGGGAGAGACGGACGAUCAGCCCUCUGACUCUUCUCAAAGAGGACUUCAGUCAGUUUAAAGAGGAAGUGUUAAAAGUGUUUAAGGACAAAGACACGAGGACGGAGAAUGAGGAUCGCCCGUCAAGCAGUGCGCUUAGUCUUCUGAGAGAGGACCUGAGCCAGUUUAAAGAAGACGUCACCAGUAUUUUCAACAUCAGCUCGGCCAAGGACAAAGAUCUGAAGUCCACAGAUCCUAAAACCAGUCAGUCAGCAGAGAGGACGAUCAACCUGAGCAUCUCCAGUGUCUUCAGAAUCAGUCUUUCAAAGGAGAAGGACAAUAAGAUCCUCGCUCCUCACUCCUCCAAAAUAAAAGCUGAAAGAACUGAUGACCCCAGUAGGAGUCUGUUUAGAAGAGACCAAAAACUUUCACAGACUUCUGAAAAAGCAGAUGACAGUCAGGAGGUGAAGACGCUUUCAGAAAAGACUGAGGACCAAACAGACAAUGAUUUAAAAGAAAAACUCUCAGAGCAGAAUGAAGAAACAGUCGAUGCAGAGAAAACAAACAACGCCAUAAAAGAUGAGGUGAAUGAAUCAGAGGACAGAGAGGUGGACAUCGAUGUGUCUGAGGAGACGACAACAGGUGUUUCUGAACCACAACAAAGCAAAGAGACGACAUGUAGGACAGCUGAUCAGAGUCGAGGGAGUGAUGACUCCACUGAGGUAUCAGGGGAAGACGAGGAGAUAAAAGAGGAGAAAGAAGAGGAUAAACCUUCAGAGACUCUUCCCCUGGAGACUCUGUUCUCUGGCAUCAGCCUUAUCAGUCUGACAGAUGCCAAAAAACAUGACGUGAGGGAUGAGCCAGGACGAGACCUGUGGUCUGUGAAGAACUUUGCCUGUUAUUUGACCUUUGACCCCAACACUGCUAACUCAGAGCUCCACUUGACCGACCGCAACAGGACGGCGACUCGCGUGUGGUCGGACCAUCGAUCUUCAGACCACCCAGACCGGUUCGAGCGCUGCCCUCAGGUCCUGUGCAGGGAGGGGCUGUUGGACUCAGCGUACUGGGAGGUGGAGUGGAGCGGCGGCGCCGAUAUUGGCGUCACCUACAACAGCAUCUCCAGAGACGGAGACAUGAUGAGCUGCCUGCUGGGACACAACGAGCGGUCCUGGAGUCUGGAGUGCUCGGACAGCAGCUACACGCCGUGCUACAACAACAAGAGGUUCAGGUCCUCCUCACCUGAACCCUUCACCCGCACAGUCGGGGUUUACCUGAACUGGUCUGAUGGAUCCCUGUCCUUCUACUGCAUCUCUCAGGACGCCAUGGUCCACCUCUACACCUUCACCUCCACCUUCACCGAGCCUCUGUACCCGGGGUUCUGGGUGUGGGCCUACGACGGCUCGGUGUCGCUGCGUCAGGUGGAGUUAGACUGGGAACGACUGCUGCAGUGACCCGCUGACACCUGACAGGAAGCUCAUUGGCUGAUCCAGUCACAUCAGAGAUUCAGCUGCAUGUUUCUCUGAGAUCUUUGAUUCUAGAGGUUUGGUAACAAGAGCUGGUUGAUAAACUGUAGCUCACAAAUUAACUGCUCAGCUCAGAGGAGCGAGGAGGCCGUCUGGGACACAAGAGACCAUCCUCCACUGAAGUCUUUUAUCGCACCGACACUUCAGCUUAUCAGAAUCGGCCUGAUCAAAAAACAGAUUCAACUCAGCUGUAAUAUCAACACCAGGUGCAGGUCAUUUAAAGCUUUAUCUCACAGUCGGAGAGAGGAAGAGUCAGUUUUACUUUUUAAAUUGAUUCAUUUUGAAUUAUCAGGUUGAAAAGUUUUCUAUUUUUAUAUAUGUUUAUUUUAAUGAAAGGACUUUGGCCUCAGAAAGGUUGGUAUCACUGCUGAUGUAAUCCCUUCAUCCACCUUUAGAUCACUGCAGACACUGACAUUGGUUCUGGGUCAGUUCUGGUUCUCUGACAGUUUAUUUCAUGCAGAACAUUAAUAAACCAGCAUUAAUAAAACCUGAGAUCAGAAUCUGAUUGAUGUGUA